UAUUAGACAAAUGCUUUGCAUUUUUGAUUAAUUUCUUCACAAUGAUUGAGUGGUUUAUAUCUAUUAUAUUAGGACUUUUUUUAUAUUAUCUUUAUUUUUGGAAAAUAAAUAUCUAUAAAAAUUUUAAUGUUGACGAUGAACGUGGUAAUAAACCUUUCCUGAAACGAAAGAUAAAAGAAUUACCUCCAGUUUUUCCAAAUGGAUGGUUUGGUCUUCUACGGAGCUUCGAACUAGCAAAGGGUGAAGUUAAAUAUGUUACAGCCCUUGGAGAACAUUUUGCAGUUUUUAGAACUGAAACAGGAGUUGUGAAUGUCAUUGACGCAUUUUGUCCUCAUCUUGGAGCAAAUUUUGCCAAGGGAGGCAAAGUAAAAGGCGAAUGCAUUGAAUGUCCUUUUCAUAGUUGGACUUUUACUGGAGAUGGACGGUGCCAAAACAUUCCUUAUUCGUCACGAGCAUUAUCAGGACUUCAAGUGAAGCAUUGGAUCAGCCAAGAAGUCAAUAAAAUCAUUUUUGUAUGGUAUCAUGCUGAGUCAAUGGAUCCAGACUGGCAAGUCGAACCAAUUCCACAAAUUGAAAAUGAAGAUUGGAUUUAUCAAGGACGAAAUCAAUUUAUUGUCAACUGUCAUGUUCAAGAAGUACCUGAGAAUGGCUCUGAUUGGACUCAUCUAGAUGCAGUUCAUGUUCCAGCAAUGUUCAUGGAUGCUAUUCCUUCGCAUUUAAUACGUCAUGCGUGGGAUGGAACAGGUUGGAAUCCUCCAAAAUCAAGUGAUGAUUUUUUCACCAAAGAAUUCCGAAAUGAAGAUGCUGCUGAAACCAAUAGAUCUCCAUCAGAACCUCAGGAAUCUUUGAAUAUGAUUGGAAUAAAAAAUGAGAAAAAUGUGACAACAGAAAGUUUGAAACAUCAAGCAACAUUCAACCUCAUUCAUUCUAUUAAGAUACUUAAUAGAUUUACUUUCCUUCGUUUAAAUGUUAAUGGUGCUCAAAUUGGUCCUGGAUACGUGGUAUUACAUGUUGAAUCAGCAUUUGGUCCGAUUUGUAUCCUUGAAACAGUAACACCAAUAGAACCACUUCUUCAACAUAUUACUCACACUAUUUACUCACCAUUUUACUUAAGUCCAUACACAAAAAUCGUCUUCUAUGGAAUGGGAAAUAUGUUUGAGCGCGAUAUUUUUAUUUGGAAUCAUAAAAUAUUUAUGAAAAAUCCUAUUUUAACAAAAGAAGAAAAGCGUAUUGCUGCAUUUCGAAGAUGGUUUUCUCAAUUUUAUUCUCCUAAUAGUCCUACUUAUAAGUCUGUCACUUCUCUUGAAUGGUAA